UGCAGAGAAUGAGGUGGACAGAAAUAAAUGCUGUACGCUCUGCAACAUGUUCUUCACAUCUGCUAUUGUGGCUCAGUCACACUACCAGGGCAAAACACACGCUAAGAGAGUUCGCUUGGUACUGGGGGAGACGCCAAGUCUGCCUACACCCACAGAGUCAGCCCCGCCCACCCCUCAGAACACAGACCCGCCCCCUCCUUCAUGGCAGCCGCUAGCCAAUCACGGCGAGGCAGGCAAGUACUGCUGCUUGUGUGGCGCUUGGUUUAACAACCCAUUGAUGGCACAGCAACAUUACGAAGGCAAGAAACACAAGAGAAAUGCAGCACGGGCGCGACUUCUGGAGCAGCUGGCUGGCAGUCUGGAUGCCAAUGAAAGCACAGGACUGCGCCGGAGUUACUCGUGCAGUGUUUGUAACGUAGUGCUGAACUCCAUCGAGCAGUAUCACGCACAUCUCCAGGGCUCCAAACACCAAAACAAUUUAAAACAACAUCAGCAAUGAAGAACUGGAAAUACUGAAGCUGAAGAGGAAAAACAAACACAAACUAAUUGUGACGUCUUGUUUGGCCACAGGAAUUGUUCACCUACAACACCUGAGGAUCCUCAAAUGUCAAGUGUUUUAUAUUUUUUUGGUCACAAUCAAAAGCUCAAAGUUCAAUCUACUUUGGGAAUAUCAUCCAUCCUUCCAUGAGCAUAAAGGAUGCCUAUGAUCAGUCCAGUGAUAUUCAUCAUGUAACAUGAGUGCACCAGCCUGAGCAGACAUGCAGUGGUCCUGCUACUUUUAUUUUUGCCUUUCAAACUCUUGAAUGCAGUGGCCUGUCUUUUUCUCUGCUCUUCAAGCGAGACAUCGCUGAUUUGGUUGUUGACUUUGGCAUGCCUGUGACAGAACGAGAUCAUCAACCUUUUUCCAGUGAUUUUGUUGAGUACGUGUGUGUGAAUGCUGCCAGUGAGGAAUCAAUUCAACUGCCUUUGAGUGAGAUCUCUCUCAGCUGUGGUCAAAACAAUAUUUCAGCACUAAGUUGAGCACUGUUACCACAGACCCAACACACAUCCUGUUUAUUCACACCACAGUCAGUGUUGCAUAGGACAGAACAUUCCUAUAGAGCUGUGAUGCUGCUUAACCACUGAUGUCAAAUGGAAUAUGCCAUCAAUAUAAAGGAGUCCAGAUGCAAAGAGUUGGCAUUUUUCACCCUGACUCAAUCAUGGAUGAUUCACAUGGACGUAAAUGUGUGAACCAGGCUCUGAGCUUUAUCUAAAUCUAUGCCAAAAUGACUGCCUGUAAAACCAGAGCUCAGUGCCUGCUGUUUUAAGAAUGGAAGCUCUCUUUUAUUUAUUUUUAUUUUUAUUAAUUUUUUUUGCUUUUCUGAUGUGGCAUAAGUGGUGUUUUUCUUUUUAUCGUAGAAUAAAUGGUAGCUACUAAACUAAAACUAAAACAUACGUGAGGCCUCAUUUAUGUUAAACACAUUUCCUAAAUGUUCCUAUGAUUCCUAAAACAGUUCACAAAUCCACCCUGCUUUAUUUUGGCAUCCUACAAAAAUCCCACAAAUAUCCUUAUUAGUAGGAGACUGUUUAGAUUCCUAAAUUAUCCCUGUUUACAUGCACAUCACCAUUUGAAUCAAAAUCAUAUUUUCCCAAAUAUCUCUUGUUAUUUUUCAGUAGGUUUUGAAUCUUUUUUUCUGGAAGCAGAUAAAAAAAAUAUAAUAAUUAGCAUUUGUCAUUUAUAUUAGAAUAUUAAUGUAAAUGUAAACGUUCUCACUAAUUAAUUUAUUCAGGCAGGAACUCAUUUGCAUCACUUAAAGUCAUCUGAAAAUUCAGUGCGAAAAAAAAAAGAAGACUUUUUUUCACAUUCGUUUCUGCCUUUAUAUAUGUCAGUUUGUUCAUCGCGUUAAUUCAUUUAGUAUCAAGCAUGUGUAUAUUAUAAAUGAGGCCUUGGUCAGAAAAGUGUGACUUAUGCAAAUCAGAGUAUUACAGUAGCGACCAAGCCAGAUGUUUUAACAUGG